AUGACUACAACAACAACCACCGAAACGAAAACCAUCACAACUGAGAAUGAUCCCUCCUAUAUCCCCCGAGGCCCAACAAACGCAAUAAUAUCCUUCUACGAUCCACCAACAGACAACAGCGCCCCCUUCAACUACGUCCACGAACCACCCCAAGGCCAACCCCAGCGUAACUUCGGCGAAAACAAACAAUCCGUCCCCCUAACCGAUAUUCGCAACCAAGGAAACAUCUACAAUCUCGAUAAAGACUCCUUCCAAGCACUCCAGAACAUUCCUACAAAAACAACAUACACAACAUUCAACUCAGACGAAGAAGUCAUCGCAAACUAUUACCCCGAAGUCGAAGAACUCCUCCUAAACUCCCUCCCGGGCUCUCACAAAAUAAUCCUCUUCGACCACACCAUCCGACGCGGAAACCCCUCUUCACCCCGUCAACCAGUUACACGCGCCCACGUCGACCAAACAGCGAGCGCAGCAGCAGACCGAGUCAGAUUACACGUUACCGAUGCCCAAGAUGCAGAAACUCUGCUGAAGGGCCGAUACCGCAUUGUUAAUGUCUGGAAGCCAUUAAGUCCAACGAAUGAACCGAUUCAGUCGUCGCCGUUAGCUUUUGCGUCUGCGGAGAGCGUGAAUGAGAACGAUCUUGUACCUGUUCAGCAUCGGUAUCCGGAUAGGAAUGGAGAGACUAUGGCUGUGAGCUUUAAUAAGAAACAGAGAUGGAUGUAUUGGUCUGGCAUGACUGGGGAUGAGAGGUUGUUGCUUAAAUGUUCUGAUUCGAAGGGGUUGGGGGAUGGGAGUGUUGCACAGUGGGUGCCUCAUACUGCUUUUUGGGACGAAAGGACGCCUGUUGGGGCGAGGGUAAGGGAGAGUAUUGAGGUUAGGGCUUUGGUCUUUGGAUAG